AUCUGAUCCGCUACAUAUAUAUAUAUAUAUAUAUAUACCUUGCACUCCAAUCUCCCUUAACGCUUCAGCACCGCUCGCCCACCAUUGCUUCCAUACUCCGUCGAUUGUUCGGCUCGUUCGCCGGACCAAAUCCCGCAGCCAUGAGCGCCGCAAAGCAAAAGGCCCAAACCAUCAUCGCGGACAACGCCGUCGUUGUCUUCUCCAAAUCCUACUGCCCAUACUGCAAGGCCACCAAGUCCCUGCUGUCGUCCGAAGGGGCCAAGUACUUCACCAUGGAAUUAGACCAAGUCGAUGAUGGCGCCGCUAUCCAAGCCGCUCUCGAGGAGAUCACCAACCAGCGCACCGUUCCCAACAUCUUCAUCGACCACAAGCACAUCGGUGGAAACUCUGACUUGCAAGCCCGCAAGUCUGAAUUGCCGGCUUUGCUCAAGGCUGCUGGUGCGUUGCAGGCAUGAGGAAAUCCCGAAAUCCCCGGAAAGUAAAUCGUGUGAUACUCCCUUGUACAGAUAGCAGUAGCUGUUAGAUUGCUGCUGAUGUGAUAAUAAAGAAGCAUCAUAUGGUUAUUUG